AUGCCUUCACACGCCUUCCCAGCCAUCCAAGCCAUUCAUCUCAACGCACUGAGCGCUAAACACAUCCAGUUGAUGUCCGAGUCGCAUCCCAACUUGCGCAAGGCUGUAGGCCACGUAUACGUCCAUACUCAGACAGAGAGCUUUCUCGUCGCCACUCGAAACCGUCACGCAUCGCCUACGGUCGUCAAGCCAUCUUUAUCCACGGGUGGGACGCCUACGGGAACAGCGAGUGUCGAUCCGGUAUCUAUAGACCCAAGGACUGCAGCCAGGCAGCCUGCCGGCACCCCAGCCGCACCUAUGAUGGUUGAAACAGAUGCUGAAGAUCAGUCGCCGGACGCUGUGUCUUUACUAUGGCGUGCUGGCUCAUUCUCGAAUGGCUGA